CUAGAUUCUUUUCUGGCUUAUCUUAGGACAACUAUAAGUCGUGGGGCUUCGCGUUCGCGGACCUUUUAAGGGGCCAGUGCGCAUGCGCCGGCUUCCUCUCUUUUUCCGGCUGGAACCAUGGAGGCUGUACCAGAGAAGAAGAAGAAGGUCCCUGCUGUGCCAGAAACCCUUAAGAAAAAGCGAAGGAAUUUCGCAGAGUUGAAGAUGAAGCGCCUGCGGAAGAAGUUUGCCCUGAAGACACUGCGGAAGGCGAAGAGGAAGCUCAUCUACGAGAAAGCCAAGUACUAUCACAAGGAGUACAGGCAGAUGUACCGGACUGAGAUUCGCAUGGCGAGGAUGGCGAGGAAAGCCGGGAACUUCUACGUGCCUGCAGAACCAAAAUUGGCGUUUGUCAUCCGAAUCCGCGGUAUCAAUGGUGUAAGCCCAAAGGUCCGCAAAGUACUGCAGCUUCUUCGUCUUCGACAGAUCUUCAAUGGCACCUUUGUUAAGCUCAACAAGGCUUCCAUUAACAUGCUAAGGAUUGUGGAACCGUACAUUGCAUGGGGGUACCCCAACCUGAAGUCUGUAAAUGAGCUCAUCUACAAGCGAGGCUAUGGGAAAAUCAAUAAGAAGCGAAUUGCCUUGACAGAUAAUUCCUUGAUUGCUCGGUCUCUUGGUAAGUUUGGCAUCAUCUGCAUGGAGGAUCUAAUUCAUGAGAUCUUCACAGUUGGAAAACACUUCAAGGAAGCAAAUAACUUCCUGUGGCCCUUCAAACUGUCUUCUCCACGGGGUGGAAUGAAGAAAAAAACAACUCACUUUGUGGAAGGUGGAGAUGCUGGCAACAGGGAAGACCAGAUAAACAGGCUUAUCAGACGGAUGAACUAAGGUGUUGCUCGUGGUAUUUUUGUAAUCUGGUCAGUUAAUAAACAGUCACAGCUUGGCAAAUUUAAAUGUGUUGGAGUCUUUGUUGGCCUGCAUUUGGCUUGCCUCUGUAAUAGGUAAAUCCUAGAAUAC